AUGGCUGGUGUGAGAGUUGAGAGUCAGCGUUCCUUGGAGAAUACGCUGCUGUAUACCACCAGCGCUUCGUCUUCAAGCCGCCAGACCAGUUUGAGCUCUGGAACAACCGAUCACUUGCGGACACUAACGUCUAAUCUGCGAUCCUCGGCGCGGGAGGUGCGCGGUACCGCCCCGACCCGCUCGGUUUUCUCGUCCAACCUCACUCCACACACCUCGUCCUUGCUCCAGGGUAAAGGACGCGGUGGGGCAGGGACGCCCGGCCUCCUCACCCAACAGAAACCCCUGUCGACCCUCGGUUCUAGAAGCAGUCUCGCGAGCAGCUCGCUCACACAGCAGAGAUCGUCUCUCUCGACCCUCAGAACCACUUCCACUGCAGCCUCUUCCAGUCUUCUUAGCUCCACUACUGCUGCAAGAAAUCUCACAAAAUCGGGCCUUCUAUCGUCAAGUCUUUUGACUAGAAGUUCGGUAGAGAGCAAGCUGACAUCAGCAUCCCUUCUCACCUCAAAGAAACAGACUUCUCCUGGAGUCGCACGGAAACCAACACCGCCGCAGCUGGUGUCAGGAACAAAGACUUCUCUUUUCUUUUCAACCACAGCCUCUCCCCAGCUGAGGAAGUCUGGAUCGCUUUUGUCUUCCUCGACUGGGAAGGUCUCACCGUCCAAACUCCUCUUGUCUUCCCAGCUCACCAGAACCUCUCUGUCAAAGAGCACCCUACACUCCAGUUCAGGAGGUCUUCUAAAGAAGGUGCAACCCACUGCUUCAAAACUUUCAUCAUCAACGUCAACGUCGAAUGAGGAGAAGGAAAAACGUGUCGUAGUCGCAACAGCAGCGAGGCCUGUCACCGAGGAAACAGAGGGGGCCCCUGUGUACAAAUUCAAAUCCGAGGAAGCGCUGGUUCACCAGAGAGAGAAAUUCCUGCCCCCUGAAAUCGAUGCAAACGUUCAGGCCCCACUUGCACCUGUUGGGGAGAUAGUUCAACUGAAGACGACGGUGAUAAAUGCCGUGGCAACGUCACUUCUCUGCAGCCCGGACUUCAAGAGUCUGUCCGACCCAACUCGUCAGAACCUCACGAAACUCGGCGAACAACUCUCCAAUCGUGACCCGGAGUUCAUCCUGAAAGUCGCUCUAUACACGCGAAACGAUCUCAACAUUCGAACGACGGCAAAUUUCCUCCUUGCGUUGGCCUCAAACUUACAAACCUGUCGACCUUACCUCCGCAAGUACUACUGCGCCAGCAUCCGUCUCCCCUCCGACUGGAUUGAGGUGGCUGAAGUGUACCAGACAUUUCAUGACAAGUCACUCAACUUUGGCGCACUCCCGACCGCACUUCGCAAGGUAAUGGCCUCCAAGUUUGUUGAGUUUGACGUCUACCAGUUGGGCAAGUACAACAAGGACAAGUCGAAGAAGAAGGAGAAGAAGGUCGAGAAGAAGAAGAAGGAUAAAGGUGAAGAGGGAGGUGAAACGAAAGACGAUUCUGUCGGCCCUCCACAGAGAUCCGAUACCAGCACGACCGUUGAGAGCGAGCUGAGUGUAGCCGUUCCCAGCGACACAGAGACGGAGGAAGAAGUGGAACGACUCAGCUUCACACUGAAGCAGCUAAUCCGGAAAAUCCACAUCUCGGAACCAGUUGAACCGGUCAUGUGUCUCCUGGGAAAGAAGUACCCUGAAGACCCCGAGACCUUCCGUAGAAGUCGCCUACCUGGGACCUGGGAAGAGGAGCGUGCGGGGAAGAGGAUGAAGCUAGCGACCCCAGAAACGUGGGAGACAACGGUCUCGCUGCACGGCAACAAGGCCGGUACGUGGGAACAGCUCAUCGAUCACAACAAGUUGCCGUUCAUGGCGAUGCUGCGGAAUUUACGGAAUCUCAUAAUUGCCAAUGUCUCACAGAGCCACCAUCGGUGGGUGCUGGGAAAACUCAAUGACGAGAGAGCCGUUGUCAACAGUCGGCAGUUUCCGUUUCGCUUCUUCUCCGCGUACGAAGUCAUCGCUGAGCUGGAAAAGAUUGCAGACGGUGAAAUACCUCCGAAAUACAAACCAAGAAAAGGGAAAAAAGCACCAAAACCUCCUCCAAAGGUAGACAGGGAGCUACUUAAGCGCUAUCGCUCGGCACUCGACAAUGCUCUCAAGAUUGCCACCUCGUACAACGUGAAGCCCAUCAGUGGAUCCACACUCAUCCUGUGCAACGUUGGAAGCAACAUGAACCGAUCCUGCACGUCUGCACGAGGCCUCGGAAAACCACGCACGGUCCAAGAAGUGGGAAUUCUCCUGGGGUUGAUGUGCAAGUACUCGUGCGAACAGUGCACCAUGAUUGUGUAUGGAGAGAGCAACCACGCUCAGGUGCAGCUGAAGGAAGGAACAAUACUCCACAACAUGGAGCACGUGCAGCAAGUUUCAGUGGAGCAGAAACUCACAGAGAGCGAGGGAGUAAUUCCUACAAAGAUCCUGUACAACAUGCUGGUGAGUCGAUCGCCAGUUGACAACAUUGUCUUACUGACGGAUGCAAUGAAACUGUACGAUUCCCAAGGCCGCGAAAUGAUGGACUUCCUUCAGAAAUACCGCCACAUGGUGAACCCUGACCUCCUGUUUGUGAGUGUCGACCUCAGUGGGAGAUCGAGUGGGAUAUCUGGCACGAUUCAUCCAGAGCACAAGAAUGACGUCUACCUCGCUGGGUACUCAGAUCAGAUCCUUCGUUUCAUCGCAGAGAGGGGAGACAGUGGACAGUUGACGUACGUGGACAAUAUCGACAAGGCUUACAACCUAAAGGAGCUACCGAGGUCGGCACUGUUGAGCCAAGAAGCCGCCUCCUCACGUACAGCCACCACGUCACUUUCUGCAGAGAAAGCUCUGCUGGCUUCGACGCAGCGACAGAAAUGGAGAACGGUUCGUGUCUUCAUCUCUUCCACCUUCAGGGACAUGCACGGAGAGAGAGACCUGCUCACGAGGUUUGUGUUUCCCGAACUGCGAGCCCGUGCCCACUCCAGGCAAAUCCAGUUGUACGAGAUUGACCUGCGCUGGGGAGUAACGGAGGAAGACACACGGCAUCACCGAGCACUCGAGAUCUGCCUCAACGAAAUCUCUCGCUGCAACUAUUUCCUCGGCCUCCUGGGGGAGAGGUACGGGUGGAUCCUUAACGACGAAGUCAUCGGAAAAGUAUCGGAUUUCGAGUGGUUGAAAGACGACUGCGUGGGGCACUCAAUUACGGAAGUCGAGAUGAAACACGCAUGUCUGCGUGACCCUGACACUGCAAACGGGAAAGCAUUCUUCUACUUCCGUGAUCCGUCCGUGAGUCUCGCCAUCCCCGAGAAACAUCGGACUCAUUUCGAAAGUGAAUCUCAAGAAGCGAGGGAGAAAAUCCAGCGGCUGAAGAGCGAGAUACGAACCAGUGGCCUCGAGGUGUACGACGGGUACCACAGCAAGUGGCUGGGGGUCCUGGAGGACAAGCCUAUGGUAGGGGGACUGGAGGAUUUUGGACAAAGGGUCCUUCACAACAUAUGGAAUGCCAUCAAACGGGAUUUUCCAGACGACGAAACCGGUUUGGACCCAGUUGCAGAGGCCACAGCUGCCCACAAUGCCUUUGCCGAGAAUCAUGCCGGCAGUUUCGUUGGUCGGAGGAGUCUGCUAUCAAAAGCAGAGGAAAUGGUGGAGCAAGAAGAGGGAGGGGUUUUGGUAAUGGAGGGGAAACCAGGAUCUGGUAAAUCAGCAUUCAUGGCGGCCCUGGCACAGCAGUGCAGCAUCCGCCCAUCGUUCGAGGUUCUCACUCACUUCCUCGGAGCAGCUCCGUCUUCAACCAACAUUACUUCCAUCCUCACUCGACUGUGCCACGAGAUGAAGCGAAGAUUCAACCUCGACAGAGACGUUCCUGAAGAAUACCCAGAGCUCGUGAACACUUGGACGGAUUUCUUGGAAGACGGCAGAUCUGCCGCUGGCGGUUCGAAACUGUUGCUGUUCAUCGACGGACUGGAUUUGCUGGAGGAGAAGCACAACGCGAGAGGGAUGGACUGGCUACCGGGGAGACUUCCCACUGGUGUGGUGGUGGUUGUGAGCACAGUGGAGAAAGGAGAGAUCUCGACCAACUUGAAGAAGAGAAAUCCACCUCCCACGUCGCUCACGGUUGGCAGAAUGAACGAAUGGGACAAGGCCGACAUGGUGAGAGAGAAGCUGGCAAGACAUCGCAAGUCACUGGACGAAUCUCCGUUCAACAACCAGAUGAAACUCCUCCUCAGCAAGAAGGAUGCAGCCAACCCUCUCUUUCUGCACCUGGCCUGCGAGGAACUCAGAGUGUUUGGCAUCUUUGAGGAGGUUUCUUCGUUCCUAAAGUCUCUUCCUCCGACCCUCCCACACCUGCUGCAGGAGGUUCUCGGCAGAAUCGAGGGAGAACUCGGACAAGAUUUGGGAUUCCUGCAGCCUACCAAAACGGCAGUGAAGCUUCGCUACAUGAAGGGAAGAGGAGAGAAGGAGAGGGAGUUUCAUCGUCUUCUUGCGACGUAUUUCAAGACAGAGUGCGACCCAACUGGUGAACAGACGUAUGCCGGGAGCAACGUUCGGGCAUUCAAUGAACUUCCCCAUCACCUCAUGUGCUCGGGACAAUGGAAAGAAUUGGAGGAAAUCGUGUGUGACGUCAACUUUGUCGUCGCCAAAUGUCAGUUGGGUUCAGCCCAGAAUCUUCUGGAGGACUACACACCAAGUUUGGAAGGGGUCCCAGCUGGGAAAGUGAGGGAAAUUGCAACGUAUGUGAGCCAGCCGCGAGUGGAAAUAUUCAGAUCGUUUGUCUCCCGAAAUUUGCAUGUUUUGACAGUCGCCCCGGCACUGGCUCUACAGCAGGCAAUCAACGAAUCGAGCUCAUCUCUGAUUGCCACGGAGGCAGAACGAGUUCUCCUGGACAACCCCCAACCACUUGUGAGGUGGCUGAAUCGCUCACCCGGUGAAAACCGAUGUCAUCUCACCAUCCCGUCCAGCAGUGAAGUAACGUGUGUGGCAGUUUCUGGGGACAGCAAGCAGUUUGCAGCUGGGUUCAGAAACUGUAGUGUGAGAGUCUUCAGCACUGCCACCGGCGCCGAGAUUCAAUCUUUCGUCGGACAUGCCGCGGAAAUCACUUCCCUCUGCUUCGUCGGGUCACAUGCUCUCUGCUCGGGGUCACAUGACACGAAUCUGAGCCUCUGGGACCUGAAGGGGGGAUUCAGGAUAGCGAGUCUGACUUCUCACUCUCGCAGUGUGAGGGGAUGUGCGGCUGAUGCUGCGGGGAAGGUGCUCGUCUCCGUCUCGUGGGACACAAAUAUCAGAGUGUGGGACGGGAGAACUGGGAAACAAACGUGUUUCCUCAACCAGAAAGGAGGAAGAAACUGCCCGCUCAACUGCGUCAGUUUCCAUCCCUCAUCGAACCAGCUCAUUGCCGUGGGGUCCUGGGACACUACCGUCAAGAUAUGGGAUGUGUUCAGCAGAAAGAGGGUUAAAGUUUUGAAGGGGCACCAGACGUCUGUGCAAGCCUGUGCGUACGCUCCAAGUGGUCGCCACAUUGUGUCUGCUGCAUUGGAUGGAGAGGUGAAGGUCUGGUCUACUAAAUCAGGGAGUGCUGUGGGGAGCAUUGCUGGACACUUUGACCCAGUGAAUGCCAUCUCUUACACACCAAACGGACAGUACCUGCUCACCGCCUCAAGUGACCAACUGGUGAAGGUUUGGUCCGGGAGCCUCGGGCAGCGAGUGGCGAAUGUGGGGAAAUCGGAAUAUGGCUAUGCCCACUGCGUGGUCCACAGUCGACAGAACCAGACCGUACUGGUAGGCUACCAUGACGGUCACGUCAGGAAAUUCAACACACAGACUGAGGUUGAAGAAUUUGCAGUCAGACUCCACGAUAAGGCAGUCGUUGCAGUUGGAGCUCAGGGAAGAUUCAGCAUGUCGGCCAGUGCUGACGGAACCAUCAAGAUAUGGGAAGGCCCUUCUUCCCUCCCAAGACACCUACUCCUGGAGGGACACAAGGCAGGGAUAACAUGUGCAGCGUGGACCAAAUACGGACUCGCAUCAGCUGCUGAAGAUUUCUCUCUUUUCUUCUGGCCCCAUGAACUGACCCACUACACCCGAAUGUGGAACCAGAACAAAUCGUCCACAAAGCUGAGCGUCUACCCCCUAAUAUCAUUGAAAGGGCAUACAUCCACUAUAUCUGCUCUCUCGUUCUCUGGUGAUGGACUGAAGAUGGCGUCGGCUAGUCGAGACCAGACUGUCAUCAUGUGGGACCUGAUCACAAUGAAGGAAGCUCGUACCAUGCACGACUGCCACAAGGAUUGGAUAACCGCCAUCUCAUUCCCAGACGCUGGUUCCGAUACUCUCAUCACCGGUUCCAAUGACUUUAACCUGAAGCUCUGGAACGUGAGCACAGGUGAAGAGAGGAUAACUUUCCGCGGACACACGUCGGCCAUCAACUCCGUCUCAUUCUCACACGGCUACGUUGUGUCAGCUGCAUUCGAUGGUUCUGUGAAAGUCUGGACUAGAAAAGGAGUUGAAAUAACGACGCUACACUGCCACCAACAGAGGGUGAAUGCCUGUGUUUUGGACGUACCUCACACCACAGACAACUCAUCGUGGGCCGACAUUGUGGAACAAGAGGAAGAAGCAAAGGAUCAGAAGAGUAAGCUGGAGGAUGUGCUCGUCGUAACCGCUAGCGACGAUGGAACAGUCGGAGUGUGGAAGCCGUUUGUACCGAAUGAAGUCACUGCACUUGUUGGCCACUCUGAUCGCGUCCUUGCAGUUUCGUCAACCUUCAACAACGAGAUAAUUUCAUCCUCUCGCGACAAGACCAUCCGAAUAUGGUCUCCGAAACUCCCCGAGAAAAUGGGCGGGGUCUCAGUAACAAGCUCCACCCACGCACACGUGGGCGAAGUUACAUCUGUCACUGCAUCUAUGCCUUACAUAGCCACUGGAGGUAGAGAUGGACAAGUCCUUAUAUGGACUACCACGAGAAUUGACGAAAACAACAAAAGAUGUCUGAAUCUGAAGAAGUUGUACUGCAUUAAAUCGUCAGAUGCAGCUGUCACUUCGCUGGCCUGCAUCGGCGCAAACAACCGAGUUGUGAAACUUGCAGUCGGAAGAGACGAUGGGUCGAUUGGCAAGUACGAAUUCUCCGACACCACGUUUCCCGUGGAGACAGGGGUAAUGGGUCCAGCUACUCUAAUGGGUGCCCACCCUGUAUCGGACCUGGCUGUAGCUCACGGAGGGAAAUGCCUGGUGGCAGGCUCGUGGUCUAAAGUGGUGUCAGCUGUUAGAACGGAGGGAGGGACGGUGGCUGGUAAAAUGGAGGAGCACAGUGGAUGGGUGAUGGGGGUGACAGUGGUGGAGGAAGGUGGGGAGUAUUUUUCUCUCAGUAUCGGUCUGAACAGGCUCCUGUGCAAGUGGCCUUUGGGUCAAAGUCGCAGGAAGACGCCGUCAUCCUCAGCUGUGCGGUAUGGAAUCCCCAGCGAGGGGAAGAAUGAUGCAUGGCUUCUGUGCAUAUGCCCGGUGAAUUCCACGCACGUUGCUAUUGGAGACAGCGGGGGGAGGGUGUGGUUUUGGAACCAAGUCACCAGAAAGGUGGACUUUUCUAAGAAGAUCCACAGGUGUGCAAUAAAUGGAGUGGCAGCAGUUGGGGUUACGCUGGCAACGGGAUCUGCUGAUGGUUCUAUCAAGAUUUGGCGGGUCAGCAGCGGCCGCACUAAAGACAUUGUUCAAGUCGGCCAUUUCCAUGCUCGGUCAUCGGUGACGUCAUUGAAAGCUUAUGCCAUGGGCAGAAAGGGGGAGGGGCAACCGAUCAUUCUGACUGCUGGCGAUCAACUGGGAAACGUGAUGCUACUGGAGUACAGUGCCACUGAUUAA